GGGGUCCAAUAUAUAUUCAUUCCCCUCAUUCCUCAAAUUUCACAUUGAUUUUCUUCUCCUUUGAUUUGAUUUGACGUUACAAUAUAGGUACAUUAAUGUUUUACGCUUGUGUGGAAGGUUCUCCCCAGUUUUGCGUGAGGCAAUAACGUAUUUCAGUGUAUUACGCUGUUUAGACAAAAGAGGUCAUGCAAAAUUUGUUACAUCUAUUGAGAACUUUUGGUGUUAUAAAUAACGUUGAUGCUUCAUGAGUUUUUUCACACAUUCUCGAUCAAGCAAGCUAGCCUACCCCUUUAAUUAAACAUAACUACAUAUAUAUCUAGAUGGAAGCCAGCAUGGAUGAAGCAGCAAAGCUUCAGCUCCAAGGACAAGCCCAUGUAUGGAAACAAAUCUUCAGCUUUGUGAAUUCCAUGGCACUAAAAUGUGCUGUGGAUCUCCGAAUACCCGACAUUUUACACUCUCACAAUCGACCUUUAUCCCUCUCUGAAAUUGCAUCCAAAAUCACCAAUAACUCUCCAUCCCCAAAUACCGUUAAUUACCUCUCUCGAAUCAUGCGUUUUCUAGUACACAACCAAAUCUUCACUUCCACCACUUCGCCUGAUUCCUCCACCGUGCUCUACGGCCCAACUCCCGCCUCGAGCUGGCUCGUAACCGGGUCUACCGGGUUGAGCUUAGCUCCAUAUAUGUCCAUGCAUUUGCACCCCUGGUUUUUGAGUCCAUGGCAUCGGCUAAGUGAGUGUGUGAGCGAAGGUGGGACCCCAUUUGACAAUGAACAUGGAUGCAAUAUCUGGGAUUUUGCCGCGAAAAACCAGAAAUUCAACAAGCUUUUUAACGAUGGAAUGGCAUGCACGGGAAGAAUCACAAUGCAUGCGAUUCUUUCCGGGUUUAAAAAGGAUGCUUACGCUUUUGAGAGUUUGGAAUCCAUGGUCAAUGUCGGUGGAGGAACUGGACAAGCUAUAGCUGAGAUUGUUAAGGUUUAUCCAAAUAUUAAAGGCAUCAAUUUUGAUUUGCCCCAUGUUAUUGCAACGGCACCGGAAUUUGCUGGAGUUUCUCAUGUCGGCGGCGACAUGUUUAAGGAGGUCCCUAGUGCUCAAGCCGUCCUUAUGAAGCGGAUCAUGCAUGACUGGGACGAAGAAGAUUGCGUGAAAAUCUUGGAAAAAUGUCGAAAAGCGAUACCCGAAAAAACAGGAAAAGUAUUCAUAGUUGAUGUGGUAUUAAACCCGGAUGGGGAUGAGGUGUUUGGUAACAGUGCACUGGUAUUGGAUUUGGUAAUGAUCACUCAUACAUUUGGGAAGGAGAGGACGGAAUCGGAAUGGAAAACUCUUCUUGAAAAAGGAGGUUUUCCUCGCUACAAAGUCACCAAAAUUCCAUCAUUGUAUUCAAUCAUAGAAGCCUAUCCUAAUUAAGGAUGGUAAGCAAUUUUAGCCUAAGCUAAAAUAUUGAGAUCUGGUGACGUUGCUUAUAUAUUGGCGUUCUUCUUCACUUGCAGAAUUUCACAAGAUUCCGGUUCUUACGAGUUACGAGGAAGCCGAUAACUCACAAUGGAGGCUUGGAUCCCUUUUUCCAAGUAUCCAUUUCUGCAUUAUUAUUAAUAUUAUAAGACUCGUAACAAAUAACCAUGACCAUCUUGCCUUGCAAGCAUCAUGGUCCGUGGAGAUUAAAGUAAACAAAAGUACAACAAAAUCGUUUGCCUAAAUUGAUCAUGUUUUCAUGUUUUAAAAAUAAAUAUGUAUUGAAUGGAAAAGGCUGAGUGUUUAAGUACGUCAUCUUCCAUUUCUUGCUGCAUCUUAAUUAAGGCAAAAAAAAAUUUUAUAUUACGCAUUCGGUGUCAAAAUCAUUGUUCCGACUAAUCCAGAUGCGAGUCAUGUAUGUCCUUUCCAGAGACAAAUCUCUCCCAACAAGUAUUUUAAGGCAAAUCUUUGUUUGGGCAAGUCCUAAAUAAUUUUGUCGUGAUGUACCUCUUUAUGGAAUUAAUAAAAUUGGGUGCCC